UGAAUGACUAUGGAAUGACUCGGAUGUUGUUUCUGCUGCAGCUACGUUCAUUGGGGAGAGUUAAAGAAUCUGCUCAAAAAUGCCGAGUCAAGAGGUUGUAACUACGAAAGUAGUGGUUCACCCUUUGGUUUUACUAAGCGUGGUGGACCAUUUUAAUCGCAUGGGAAAAAUUGGUAAUCAAAAAAGAGUUGUAGGUGUUCUUUUGGGAUGCUGGAGAGCCAAAGGUGUCCUAGACGUGUCAAACAGUUUUGCAGUGCCCUUUGAUGAGGAUGAUAAGGAUAAAAGUGUGUGGUUUCUUGAUCAUGAUUACCUAGAAAAUAUGUAUGGAAUGUUUAAAAAGGUUAAUGCCCGUGAGAAAGUGGUAGGAUGGUAUCAUACUGGACCUAAACUACAUCAAAAUGAUGUUGCAAUUAAUGAACUCAUUAGGAGAUAUUGUCCUAACUCAGUUUUGGUCAUCAUUGAUGCCAAACCUAAGGACCUUGGUCUUCCAACAGAAGCAUAUCAAGCUGUUGAAGAAGUUCAUGAUGAUGGUUCACCAACAUCAAAAACUUUUGAGCAUAUCCCUAGUGAAAUUGGUGCGGAGGAAGCAGAGGAAGUAGGUGUAGAACAUUUACUAAGGGAUAUUAAGGAUACCACUGUUGGUACUUUAAGUCAGAGAAUUACAAACCAGUUACUUGGUUUGAAAGGUCUACACGAACAAAUUAGGGAAAUUAGAGAUUAUUUGCUUCAAGUCGGUAGUGGUAAAUUGCCCAUAAAUCAUCAAAUUGUAUAUCAACUUCAGGACAUUUUUAACUUACUACCUGAUAUGACACAAUCUAGUUUUGUCGAUUCGCUGUACGUGAAAACAAACGAUCAAAUGUUAGUCGUAUAUCUCGCGGCGCUCGUUAGAUCAAUAGUGGCUUUACAUAAUUUGAUUAAUAAUAAAUUAACAAACCGUGAUGCUGAAAAAAAGGAAACAGAUAAGAAAGAGACGAAAAAAGAUGAGAAGAAAGAAGAGGAGAAAAAGGAUGAGAAAGAAAAGGCAAAAGCUAAAAGUCAGUGAAUAAAGUGAAAUUAAGACUUAUUUGUGUGAUUGAGACUGUUAAUCUUGCAAAAGUUCACGAAACUUAUAAAGUUUGUUUAUACAUGUACAAAUGUAUUUUGUGCUAUCAGAUGGUCUGCAUUUCAAGUUAACACCAAAAAAAAAAAAAAA